CCUUUCUCUCCCUUCUGUUAGGUUGUAGGAGUCAUGAUAGGACACUGUCCAUACUAUGCUAACCAGUUCGAAGGGAAGUUCCAUGACGUGAUGGAGAAUUACAUACUAGCACAAAGACUUGGGAAGGGGUCUCAGGGCUCUGUUUUCCUCGUGGAAUCUAAAGAAGAUGGCAAAAAGUAUGUGCUCAAGAAAAUGGAAUGUAAGGAUGAAGCAGAAGCUAACAAGGCAUUUAAAGAAGCAAUGGCUCUGCAAGAACUAGCUCACCCUUAUAUUUGUGGCUACAGGGAAUUCUUCGUAUCCUGGGACAGGGAAGAGGGUGCUCUGUUCGUGUGUAUUGUGAUGGAUUACUAUCCUCUCGGAGAUUUAGAAAUAUGUCUUCGUAAGAAACGGGAAAAUAAGGAGAAGUUCGACGAGCUCGUUUUAAAGAAAUGGAUCGGGCAGAUUAUUGAUGCUAUGACAUUUGUACACGAGAAGGGAGUAAUCCACAGAGAUUUGAAGCCGAGUAACAUAUUCAUGAAGUCUAGUAUCGAUAUUUGUAUUGGAGAUUUUGGAGUUGCGACUGUUAUGGGGGAUGCUCGUACUAAAACAAGGACCAUGGUUGGUUCAAUGAACUGGAUGGCUCCUGAGGUGUUGGAGAGACCCUAUGAUGAACGUAGUGACUGCUGGAGUAUGGGGUGUAUCAUACUGGAGAUGGCAACUACUGCUACUCAUGACGCUAACGAAAUCUCCUCAAUUUUAGUUCAGAUUAAACAUUCCCCCCAGGUACUAGAAGAAGCAUUAAAGCUAGUAGGAGAACAGUAUGAGUCGGAGUUAUGUGGAGUAAUCCGAACUAUGCUCCGAAGGAACUUCAAACAGAGACCUGGAGCUCUGGAACUAAAAGAGAUGCAGUACGUGAACCACUGCAUUGCUCUCAGCAAAUCUAAACCUGGUGAUAUUGGCGUCUCCAACGGCAUCGAAGAGUAUGAAGCAGUACCUAAAGGAAAGAGUUUAGACAUGCUAUUUGAUUACGUAGAGAAGUAUAAAGAAGUUCAGGGGGCCAUGGUGGACAGUAUGGAACAUCUUACUGAGAUUAGUCGGGACGAAAAGAUUGAGAUAACAGACGAACAGAAAACACUUAUAACGACCGUAAUGAAACUUCACAUGGGAGAUGAGAAAGUGCUGAUAGCGGCAAUAGAGCUCUUACAAAACCUGGUCGUAACCACCGAACCUGAUGAUAUUUUGAUCCAAAAGCCCACGAUUGGACCAGUUUUACAUGCGAUGCGGAACCACAGCAACUCACCUCACUUACAAGCGGUUGCAAGUGCGCUGCUGAUGGCAAUGGCGGCUGACGAUGUAGCUGCACAGGAGAUUGGGGACGAGGGAGGAGUUCAAGAUGUGCUGGCUGCUCUCAGAGCCUACCCUAACAAUCCUGUGAUUGGAAGCAACUGUUGUGGAGCUCUGUGGAUUUUAGCGGUAUGUGACUCUAACACUGCCAUCCUUACUGAGGAAUGUGGUUUACAAGAUAUCUGUAACGCUAUGAAAACUCACAAGGAUAUAGAAGAGUUGGUGGAGAAUGCGUGUUCUGCUCUCUGGUCUCUCAGUAUGGAAGAUGAGAAUAUUGAGAUUAUGAGAGAUGAAAAUGUCAUCUCAAUGCUGGUAUCUGCCAUCAAACAACACAUCAACGCUCCUAAGGUUGUAAAGAAUGCGUGCACAACGAUUGGAGGGAUUAUAUACGCAGAUGAAAUGUGCGGUUUACAGCUGCUAUCAGAUCCUCAGUCAGUUCCUACUAUACUGGACGCCUUCAAGAAACACUCUAGCAAUCAGGAGGUAGUAGAAGCAAUGUGUGAGUUGAUGCUGACUAUGGGGGAGUCAGAUGAGUUAGCUGCUGAGCUUGCUAGUUACCCGGUUGUACAGCUCCUAACUAACGCCAUGACAGAGUUUCCUUCUUUUGAGGAUAUUGUACAGAAAUCAGAGGACGCAAUAGUGGCACUGAACGCAGUUACUGGGGUAUGAUGGAACUGUUCAGAAAGUAUGCUCUAGUUCGAGUCUCUCCUGUUCUUGGGGACCGAGGUUUAUAUUCGACAUUUCGCAGACAUUUUGUAAAACACACAUAUUGUUACAGUACAACAGUGUGUCACAGUGUCACAAGGAUACUAUUUCAGAAACUUUUCUUUCGUCAAACAUUUAUUUUUCUGUGACACCACCUAAAUAUCAGAUCAUUGAGUUUUUAUAUGAAUAUGAGUGUAAUUUGGCAUAUUCUUAUACAUAUUCUUAUAUUCAAAUGGUAUUAAAUCAGUUUGAAGUUUAUAUCUUGAGAGUGGCUUGAUCGGUAUGUAGGAUACUACAGCGGGGGAGACAGGGCACACUCAGUGUGCACUGUCUCCCCCAGCACACUGCCGUAUUGUCCCCGUUUCGGUGAUGAAGAUUAACGAAUAACGAUGAUGGGACGUUAGACGUAUAAAUUCAAAAGAUUAAGUUUCAAAAGAUAAAGUUUCGAAAGAUAAAGUUUUCUAGUACCCUGAUUUGAGGGAUCAGUUUUUUAUUGUCGAUAGUGAUUUUUGAAGUAUUGAUUUUCAGUGUAAUGUAAUAUAGUUUGUUUUAUAGAAAUAUUUUUGGGCUACAUUAUUAUAAUAUGUCAGAUUCAGAAAUCAGAACGGAUUUAAUAUUUUUGAGUGUCAAGAAUUCUGUCAAGUUUUUACUAAAACUAAUUAUUAUGCUUAUAUGAUAAAAUAUGUCAUUUUUCGAUUCAAACCUUUUGCCUUAAUAACUAAAA